UCGAUCACGGGCGAUCACGGCAUAUUACCAACCCGUGCUUACACAGAAGGGUUAGAAAGCUCAAAUAUCGCGAGAUCAGGUGCGAGUUCAAGUUUUCUGGGGGCAUAAUAUGGCCUUGUGAAAUCGAGAAACGAGAUGACUGUACACGACUGCCGUAUUCAGGAUAUCCACCAGCGCCCCGACAAAAACUACCACCACAGCCCAAGAAAAUGGAUGUCAAUCUGUACACGGCUACGAAGGACAACCUUACUUUUCCAGCUUUCAAUAUUUCCGCGACCCUCGACUUGAUGACAGGUUCAUCGUAUAUAUCUGGAUUGCAGUUUAUCAUACGCGGUUUGACAAAUCAUCAUGAGUUUAAUUUCGACUAUUUCAGUCGUGAGAUUUGUCACAAUUAUAAUCUUUCUGCUGCAGACACUAGCUGGGUCGAAGGGGUUCCUUCAAAUGUCACCUAUUACAUGGACUGUUUUAAACCUUUAUCGCCGGAGUCGGAGUAUGAGAUUGAAGUCAUCGUUGUACCAAUCGCAAAAGAUUACAAAAAAAAUGCAGUGAAAACGAUCAGGACGCCAUCUUGCAGUAAACAUCCCGAAUUCUCAGAGUGCUCCUUGACUGAAAAACGUAAGUUGAUUGCCCUCGCCGGUGAUUCACUGCGACGUGAUCUACCGAAUAUAACCCAUAAUCUGUCACCAUUGCAUUUCCAUGGCGACGAGUUGGUUGUUGUCACGGAUGUAUUUCGUCUCAUUAAACCGGGGAUCUACAUUUUAAAGAUCUUACCGAUGCCAGACGAUCAAACUAUUACUACUACCGUUACAAGAUCACACAACUUUACAGUAAUUGGCAGUCCGUGUCACUCUGGUCCAUGUGGAAAUGGAAACUGCACUGUUGUAAAUGUUUACCAGUACAACUGCACAUGUGACGAUGGUUACAGUAAUAAAAACAGUAACGACAGUUGUUUUCGAGAUGAAUCUCAGAGUGGACGUUCAUUCAACAAUCCUACUACAGUGGUUAUCUUGGCUACCGUUGGCGCUAUCGUAGCGCUGAUCUUAGUAUUGGCCAUAUGCCGCUUCCGAAAGCACCAUGGCAGCACUUCUACUUCAAUGCGGCCACCAGACGGUACGGAAAUCGAAAGGUUGAUAACACCGACUAAUGAACGUGUGCUUGUAAUUUAUCCAAAUGACAGCGACAAGUACGUCUGUCUUGUUGAACUCAUGUGUCGCUUCUUACGCCUAUACGGGUUGGACGUGAGAUUAAAUACCUGGGAACAGUCCCACAUUAAGGUCAAUGGCCUCGAACAGUGGCUAAACGACGAAUUUGACAAAGCAAAUACAAUUCUGCUCUUCAUCACUGCGGGAUUUCGACAAAAAUGGGCAAAAGAAUUAGAUCCCGCGCAGACGAAACAUCGCUUUUUUUGCUAUGCUAAACAGCACAUUCUAAGAGACAUUGAGCAAGGUGUAACAUGUCCACGGAAGGGGAAAUAUGUGUGUGCGUAUUUCCCCUUUUCAAACGAGUACGAAAUUCCGAAUGAAUUGCGAUCUUUUGGGGAACCCGGUGUUUAUAAACUACCGGAGAAAUUUGAAGAUUUAUAUAUGGAGUUACUAGGUCAAGUCAAACUACUCCAGCAGCUGAUUUCAGUAUUCCGGAAAUUAAAGAUAAAUUACAGGACACGCUUUUGGGAAAGGAGUUACUGCAAGCCAUAG